AUGCCGCAACCGCCAAACAGGUGGAAUUCUGCCGAGGAUGAUCUACUUCGAAGAGAAGUGCUUACCCAAUUGGGGGAGGGAGGGGUGAAAGACUGGCAGUGCAUUGCGACCAAGCUUCCAGGCCGCACCAACAAAGAUUGCAGAAAGCGAUGGCAUAAUGUUGUCUGUGGCGGGGUGAAUAAAGGCCACUGGACGCAGGAUGAGGACAAACUACUCACAGAAGCUGUUCAAGCCCGUGGAAAAAGCUGGACGGUCGUUGCAACUGCCGUCAGGACUCGAAAUGCAGACCAAUGCGCCAAGCGGUGGAAGCAAUUCCUCGAUCCUGAAUUGGACCGCAGUCAGUGGACAGAUAAGGAAAACAAGCUUCUCCAGGAGGCGCACGACAAAUACGGCAGACGAUGGAAAGAAAUUCAGGCCAAGCACUUCCCCACGCGGUCAAGAAAUGCAAUCAAGAACCAAUACACCAUCCUUAUCCGAAAACGGAAACAACCGCAAAUUAAUGGCAUUGAAGACAACGAAGAAGCUCCGAGUCAAUCAGAAAGUGAAGAAAAUGGCACCAUGGAAGCACGGGAGACAGAUAUUAUGGACUUUUCAUACGAACAAUGGGAUGAUGAUCUGAGUGAUCAUGAUGCCAUGAUCGACGAGUGUGAUUCUGCAGGCGAACAAGAGCCUGCCAAUGAAAUUGAUACCUGGAGUUCUGACUUCUGCAGCACCUAUAGUCACUUGCUCAGUGAUGCAACUCCCGCAGACCAUAUGGCGCUGGAUCCUACGACUAAUGCAGACCAGGUCUUGUCGCAGUGCUUUCCAGGCGGAGAACUGCAAUGCUGGGAUAUACCAGCGCCACAGACAGUCCAGACAAGCCCUGAGGUCUUCCAGAACAACAUCCCUGAUCCGCUGAAAGACCCCGCGCUCUUGGCAUCGGAAUUCUUCCCGACCCCAGACACUGGCCCGGGGUCUGUUGGUCAGAAUCUUAACUUGGUUGAUUGGCACCAGACGUCACCCCUUGCUCGUUACGAGGCCGGUUCCUCUCCCAAGAGGAUCACCCUUACGGUGCAAUCCCCGUGCCCAGAAACCGUUGAGUCCCUCAUGCGGAUUGCCUUGACAACUGCAUCCUCGUUCAGCUUUGACAGAGAAUAG